AUGACGGGCGAGAAUUUACCUCAAGCAUUGUGCCAAUGUGAGUUCAUAGACCGGGCACGGACACGCCUUGGCUGUGCCCCGCUCCAUGCAGGCGAACACUCUGGAACCCUUGUGAGGGCGAUAUUAACAUCCUGGAUUUCAUCGGUUAGUAUGAUCAUGUGGUAUCACCGACGGCAUGCUGCCGCUCGAGCUACAAAUGAGGACCACGAUCUCGCAUCACCGAUGCAACAAACCUCAGUGGAGCAAUGGCUAGAGGAGCAGAAUGCUCCCAGCUACGUUGGGCAAUACUCACAUGAGACUUGCCCCAUCUGUCUCUCCUCUUUAUCAUCAUCCCCAUAUCUUGUGUUUCCAGAACCGGCCAGAUUACCCCACGGUCAACGCAAGCUUUCCAACUGCGUGUCAGGAGAAUAUUCAUAUUCAGGAGCGAAAGAUUCUAGACGACAUAGCGGGAUCCUUGUUUUGAAUCGAUGUCAUCACGCCUUUCACACAGCUUGUCUAGCCUCCUGGUUCGAGUACCAGCGAUACAGUUGCCCUAUCUGCCAAGCCUCAUACUCCCCAGCGGAUACUGUACAGUAA